GAAUGUGGUCAGCUACUGAUUCAAAAAUACCUCACUAGUACGAGUGAAGAUUAUAUCACAGAGGUCCCUGAACAGCUGGUCAGUGGUUGCAGAGACAGCUUGGAAAACAAUCCGUGCAAAGAGCUGUUUAAAGACUGUUCUAAACUUGUCCAUGACUUCCUCAGUAUGGCUCCCUUUUCAGAUUACCUGGAUAGCCAAUAUUACAACCGCUUUUUACAGUGGAAAUGGCUGGAGAGGCAGCCAGUUACAAAGAAUACAUUUCGCCAAUACAGAGUCCUGGGCAAAGGGGGAUUUGGUGAGGUGUGUGCCUGCCAAGUACGAGCAACAGGCAAGAUGUAUGCAUGCAAGAAACUUGAGAAGAAACGUAUUAAGAAACGGAAAGGGGAAUCCAUGGCCUUAAAUGAGAAACAGAUCUUAGAGAGAGUCAACAGCAGGUUUGUAGUUAGUCUGGCUUAUGCUUAUGAGACAAAAGACGCUCUCUGUCUGGUGCUAACACUAAUGAAUGGAGGUGAUUUGAAGUUUCACAUUUAUCACAUGGGCGAGGCUGGAUUUGACGAAGACCGAGCAAUAUUUUAUGCUGCAGAAAUUUGCUGUGGCCUUCAAGAUCUACAUCAAGAGAGAAUAGUUUACAGGGAUUUAAAACCAGAAAAUAUUUUGCUGGAUGACCAUGGACACAUCCGGAUCUCAGAUCUCGGGUUGGCUGUGCACAUCCCAGAAGGUCAAACUAUUAAAGGCAGAGUAGGCACUGUAGGAUACAUGGCUCCUGAGGUGGUGAAGAAUGAACGGUACACAUUCAGCCCUGACUGGUGGGCGCUUGGCUGUCUGCUGUAUGAGAUGAUAGCAGGUCAGUCCCCUUUCCAGCAGAGGAAGAGGAAGAUCAAACGUGAGGAAGUAGAGCGGUUAGUAAAGGAAGGCCAAGAAGAAUAUUCAUCCAAAUUUUCGCCAGAGGCUAACGCUGUCUGUACUAUGCUUCUAUGUAAAGACCCUGAUCAGCGAUUAGGGUGUCGCGGUGGAGGAGCACAGGAAGUAAAAGAACACCCAUUGUUCAGGCAUAUAAAUUUUAAAAGACUUGAAGCUGGAAUGCUAGAACCCCCAUUUAAACCAGAUCCUCAAGCAAUUUACUGCAAGGAUGUCCUGGACAUAGAACAGUUUUCAACAGUAAAAGGAGUGGAGCUAGAGCAAACCGACAGCGACUUUUACAGAAAGUUUGCUACUGGUUGUGUGUCUAUACCGUGGCAAAAUGAGAUGAUAGAGACCGACUGCUUCAAAGAACUAAGUGAAGUGCCCAUGGAUGGACCUAUACCACCUGACCUGGACUGGAGAGGUCUACCUUCCCCAGAACCCAAGAAAGGACUGCUGCAGAGACUGUUCAGCAGACAGGACUGUUGUGGUAACUGCAGUGAUAGUGAAGAUGAGCCAACUCGCCUAUAG